AUGACUAGCGGAGAUGUCGACAAGUACAACAAGCCUGUUCCAGACGAAACGGAUCGCCGGUGGAAGUUCUAUGCGAUGCUCAUCUCUCUGUUCUGGGAUAUCUAUACAAGUCAGGCACAAGUGUUAGAACACUUGACGCUGUGGUCCUGGAUCUUGCACAUGCUGUACUUUGAGUUACCUUUGUCGUCAAAAAAAAUUCUUCCUUGGCUACAUGGCCCAAGUUUGAGUGGAGCAUAUGCCCUAUUUGUAAUGUAUGUUUGGACAUUGAUUGCCAAUCCGAAUAUGGAGUUUGAUUUGGCUCCAAAAGGCCGAUCAGAUCUUUUGGUUUAUAUCCGAGCAUUAUGGUUCCAUUUGUUUCCAGUGAUUAUGCACUAUUUGGAUACAAAAAACAAUGCCGCAGCCCUUCGAAGAGCAUAUCAGCCACAAAAGGGCUUGUUCUUGACGUUUUGGGCGAGUGUUGGUGGCUACUUUGCCAUGGGGUUGACAUGGGAAGCCUGUUUUGAGGGUGCUGGAGCUGGGACAUACAAGGUGACUAGAGUUUCACCUGAAGUCUAUGUCAAUGUCAGUAAGGCUCUCGGGGUUAUCGCAUGUGUGGGAAUCUUUUCGUCCGUCACAAAGCCAAAGUUUAUCGAUUAG